CUCCGUUUCUAGCCCUUCCAAUCCAACACAUGUAACAAACAACGGCGCAUGUUAUCAUAUUCCGUUAAUCACCUUCAAAAAAGAACAACGCGCGUGAUAUCACGCGCGCACUAAUCGUUCUUCUCUUGUAACCUUGGGAAAAACACACUCUUUAUCCAUCUCCUCUUCGAUUCACCAGCUUUCUGUUCCUCGUGUCUGAUCCACCUUCGAAUCAACAGAAUCUUGUUAUUAUGAUGAGAAGGGGUCAAAUAUCUGCGAGAAAGACGCCAUCUCUGGUUGAUCUUUGUGUUCAAACAGCUAUAGAUAAUUUAAGAUACCUUGGAAAUGUUGGUCCUGUUGAUCAUCAUCUGCUUGAACGAAUCUUGCCACACUGCACACUUGACCAGUUGACGCAUAUCGAGAAGGCCAGCGAAGGGAUGGAUUUGAGCCCGGUAACAGAUAAAUUGUGGAAAAAGUUCUUUGAAAAGCAGUUUGGUAUAAGUUGCACAAAUGAAAUAAUUAGGAGGAUGACAGAAAAAAGAGUGUCAUUCAGAUGGUUGCAGUUGUAUGAGGCUAAGGGAAAAGAAGUGGCUCAGGCUGAGAAUGAAGCAAUUGAUCGACUCAGGGAACGCUACAAGAAUGCGGAUGCAAAGAAACAGAGCAGGCAAGUAAAAACAUGCACCAAACUUCCACCUUCAAGUAAAAGAAGAUUUUGGGGAGAUAAUGGACCUGGAUACAACGUGUCAAAUGUGAAGAGCAACAUAAUGAAGAAGUCAAAGAUAGAAUUUCUUAAGAGUCGGGAGGUAAAAAAUAUCGCAGCAAUGAAGAAAAAUUCUAUUCCGAGGAGUAGCAGUUCAUCAAGCAGCAUGAAGAUCGGAAGCAUGUCUGGAGUUGGUUCAAGUUCCAAAGGUCCCAAUCUUCAAAAAGGAUGUUUUAGGGGCAGACAAUGAGGAUAGCAAUGCUAUGUAUCAUUAUUUGCUUUUAAAUUGUGAUGAUAGCAACAUUUAUAUUCAUGCUAAUACAAAUGUAUUUUCUUCCCUUAAAAAAAAUGUAUGUUCAUUGCUUGCUUCUAAAAUUGACUCGACAUUUAUGUGUUGUUAUAUGUACCGCGUAGAUAGAAUCAAAUUAUGCAGUUGUUUGUAUUGUAAUAUGUUGAUUUCCAUAUAUAAAUGCAAUUACAGUUCAUUUUCACA